CAGCUACUCUGCACUAAAACAAGCCUUCUCCGUUCAACUAGUCAAUUACAUGCCUAGAUUCUCUAACUUGACUGUUAAACACUAGGGUGGAAAGUUGCUAAAUAAUUGAAACAUAAUUUGAUGUAGAGGAAUGUAAGAUGAGCAAAACAUAUGGGGAAAUUGAAGGGGAACCUCUUGUUUUUUCUAUCUGUAGUAUCUUUGUUCUUGGAAAGUUUGAUUGCCGUUGAUACCAUAACUCCAUCACGCUCAAUUGACGAUAGCCAGACGAUAGUUUCAGCGGGUCAUAAAUUUGAACUCGGUUUCUUCAAUGGCGGGAACUCUGAUAAUCGAUAUAUCGGAAUCUGGUACAAGAACCUUCCUGUUCGGACUGUUGUGUGGGUCGCAAACAGAGAAUCUCCGCUUGUAAAUUCUUCUGGAUUAUUAACACUUGGAGAUGAUGGAACACUGUACAUUGUCAAUGAUUCCAAGAGCAUUAUCUGGUCUUCGAUUCCAUCCCUGACGGCUAAAGAUCCCGUUGCGGUGCUGUUAGAUACAGGGAAUUUCGUAGUGAAAGAUGCGGGGGAUAACAAUGAGGAGAACUACAUAUGGCAAAGCUUUGACUAUCCUUCGGACACAUUGCUACCAGGCAUGAAACUUGGUUGGAACAAGAAAACUGGUCUGAACAGACAUCUGACAUCAUGGAAAAGUUCAGACGAUCCUUCUCCCGGGGAAUAUACUUAUAUUGUAGAUCCUCGUGGACUUCCUCAACUCGUCCUUCGCAAGGGAUCCGAUAAGCAGUUCAGAAGUGGACCAUGGUAUGGAACACAAUUUAGUGGUGUCCCAGUUUUGAAGGUAAACCCGGUUUUCACUCCAAUAUUUAUCUCCAAUGCCGAUGAAGUUUAUUAUUCAUAUAACAUAACAGCCAAUAUCCCAUCAAGGUUUGUGUUGAGUCAAUCCGGCUCGGUUCAGCACCUUUCCUGGAAUGAUCGCCACUCUGAUUGGUACCUCAUAUUCACAGUUCAACAAGAUAGAUGUGAUAACUAUGGCUUGUGUGGUAGCUACGGUACCUGCAACAUUAACAGGACUCCCAACUGUGACUGCUUGAAGGGCUUUGAGCCCAAAUUGUCCAAAGAUUGGGAUGUCCUUGACUGGUCAGGCGGAUGUGUACGAAAAGAUGAACGUGUAUGCCAUGAAGGAGAAGGGUUCCUGAAAUUUACAGGGCUGAAACUGCCAGAUGCAUCUCAGUUUAGGGUGAAUGUAAGUAUGACAAUCGAAGAUUGCGAGGCAGAGUGCCUGAAGAAUUGUUCUUGCACUGCAUAUGCUAAAGUAGACAUUAAAGGCACAGGGAAUGGCUGUGUAACCUGGUAUGAAGACCUAAUUGAUAUUAGAGAAGUUCCUGAAUACGGACAAGAUCUUUAUAUAAAAAUGGCAGCUUCUACACUUGAAAGACAUGCCGAUACAAGCAACAAUAGGAAGAAUGUGACAAUUGCGACAACUAUAUCAGUGGCUUCAACAAUGAUGAUCUUGGUUCUGAUUGGCUGGUUUGUGAAUUGCAAGAAAAAGAUGAUUAGAGCUCAUCAACCAGAAAAUCAAGUGACCAUUAGCAAAGUUGAAAGUGACGAUGUUUUUGAGCUCCCCUUAGUGAAAUUUGCCACUAUUCAAGCUGCUACUAACAACUUUUCUGCUUCAAACAAGAUUGGUGAAGGUGGAUUUGGACCAGUAUACAAGGGUGCGCUGCAGUCCGGACAAGAAGUGGCUGUGAAGAGACUUGCAGAGAAUUCUGGACAAGGCCUUCAAGAGUUCAAAAAUGAAGUCCUUUUAAUCUCCAAACUUCAACAUAGAAAUCUGGUGAAGCUACUAGGUUUUUGCAUUGAAAGGGAAGAGAGAAUGUUAAUCUAUGAGUACAUGCCAAAUAGAAGCUUCGACUCCUUUAUCUUUGAUGAAACAAGACGGCCUUCACUUGACUGGAGAAGAAGACAUGACAUCAUUGUUGGGAUAUCUCGUGGGCUUCUUUAUCUUCAUAGAGACUCAAGGCUGAGAAUCAUCCACAGGGACCUAAAGGCCAGCAACGUUCUGUUGGACAACGAUAUGAAUCCCAAAAUUUCAGACUUCGGAAUGGCGAGAACUUUCCGCGGGGAUCAAACUGAAGCAAAUACAAAAAGGAUAGUUGGAACCUAUGGUUAUAUGCCACCAGAGUAUGCAAUAGACGGACACUUCUCUUUGAAAUCUGAUGUGUUCAGCUUCGGGGUCAUAUUGUUGGAGAUGGUGAGUGGAAAGAAGAACAGGGGUUUUUUCCAUUCCACACAUAAACUCAACCUUCUGGGGCAUGCCUGGAAGUUGUGGAACGAAGAGAAGGCCCUGGAAUUAGUGGAUGAAUUGAUGGAACUAGGUUUUCCAGAAGAGGAAGCACUAAGAUGCAUACAGGUAGGGCUCCUUUGUGUGCAACAAAGGCCAGAAGACAGGCCUGUGAUGCAAACAGUGGUGUUGAUGUUGGCUACCGAGAGUAUGACAUUGCCUCAACCUGGAAGACCUGGGUUCUAUGCGGAGAGGUGUCUUUCCGAGACGGAUUCAUCGUCCAUUGGGAAUCUAAUCUCGAAUGAGAUGACUGUUACCUUAUUAGAGGGUCGUUAGCAAUCAAUCCACUGACAUUUUGAUUUUUGUAUCAUCAAAGCAAUGAGAAAACCUUGUCAACAUAUUGAAUUAUCAUCACCUCUCAGUUCUCACGUAACAAGCUGCUGAAAAACGGCUGCUUCAUUUGAACCCAAGCCUUCGGCUUCAGGCUAGAAGCUUUGGCUCCUUAAAGGUUCCACAACAUGACCCGAUCUGUUGCUGAACAUAAAUCUUAGAUCUUUGUUUGUAGUAUUAUUAAUUAGAGCAAGUUUACUACACUUAAUGCUUGCAAUUAAAUUGACAUUAUGUUCAUAAUCUUAGCAUCUGGGUUUCAUACAUAGAAAGGAACAACAUUUUGAAUUGUCAUGGUCAGAUUCGAGAC